AUGGUGGAUAAGAAAUCGGACGGGUCGGGGGACAAAAAGAUGAGGAUGGUUGUUAACUACAAAGAGGUAAAUGCUCUCACCAUAGCCCCCGACUUCCCACUACCCCCUAUCGCCACCAUCUUGGAAAUGCUGGGAGGAGCUAAGUAUUUUUCUUCGCUGGAUCUUGAAUCUGGCUAUCAUCAGAUUAGGAUGGCAAAGGAAGAUCGCUGGAAGACAGCAUUUCGGUCCGUACUUGGGCUAUUCGAAUAUAAGGUAAUGCCCUUCGGGUUGAAAGGGGCGCCUGCAACUUUUCAAGCAAACAUCAACACCUAUCUACAACCGUUCCUAGGCCAAGGGGUAAUAGCAUAUUUGGAUGACAUAUUGAUAUAUAGCCCUGAUCUCCCCAGUCAUGCGGAACUACUACGCAAGGUGUUGGGCAUUCUUCUGGCAAAUCACUUCUACCCCAAGUUCAGCAAGUGUGAGUUUGCCAGAAGAGAGCUCACUUACCUAGGAUAUACCGUCAGUGCUGAUGGCAUCAAACCAGCUGCAGACAAGAUCUCCGCGGUACAACAGUGUCCUGAGGUAUUGGAGAAUGAUACCCAAGUGCGGCAGUUCCUAGGUACGGUGAAUUACUGUCGCAUGUUUAUGGGGGCCGACUAUGCGAGAGUGGCCCGCCCUUUACUCGACCCUACAAGAAAAGGGGUCCCCUUUCGGUGGACUGAGGCACACACACACGCAGUACGCGAACUCAAACAGAAACUCAUUGACUACACCACGCUCCAGAUACCCGACACCACCAAACCCUUCAGCCUUUACACCGACUACGCUCUAGGGGCGGUACUGGAAGAGGAGGGUAAACCGAUUGGGUUCCUGAGUCAGACAAUGAGCCCAGCGCACAUAAGGUACUCUAUAUAUGACCAGGAAUUAUUGGCCCUAGUUACCGCACUAGACAAGUGGGCUCAUCUACUGCGGACAUCGGAAGUGACAGCUUAUACUGACCGCCAGGCCCUAACUAACCUACAACAACUCAAAGCUUCAAAACCACUACGCGGCCGCACAGCACGAUGGCUCGAUUUCCGGGCAGAGUUCCCCAAGCUCACCAUCACCUACUUGCCAGGAUCCAGUAACCAGGUAGCGGACGCCCUGUCUCGAGGUCCUCGGGACCCUACAUGCAAAGCAGAAGAUACGACUCAGGGGGACAACAAUCCAUCAUUCCAAGAUAUAUCAACUGCACACGAACCUGGGUCAUUGGUGGUCAUGGUGUCCGGCGGAGACCCACAGGGGCCAACUACCAAGACCAGGGGAAGGCAGAAAGAUUACCGGAAGCUAGCGGGUAUUCGUGCUCUUCACAUUAGAAAGGGGAAGAUGGAGCCAUCCUGCAAACAACCACAAGACAUGCAGCAGACAUCCGAACCUUCACAUCCGCAGGACCUAUCACAGUUGGAGGGUGAGGAACAGUUACAAGACGAACCGCAUCUAACAGAUGAAGAGCAACCUGCCGAAGACUUGGCGACACAGGGCGAACAACAACCUCAAGACAAACAGCGGCCCACCCAAUCCGCAGCAUACACAUUACACUGGCCAACAACGUAUGCUAAGUGCCAGACCUUUAGCGACCCCUACCAGGCGGCAGCUCGACAGCCAGGACGCGUGGUACAACAGGAUUUCCGGCAUCGAAGAUAUGGUGAAAGGUUUCGCAGCACACACACCACGGGAGGCGACCUCCUGUAG